UUACGUUAUCUGGUAUUAUAUAAUAAUUGCAAAGCUUACAACCCCUACUGGACUGGAGCAAUAAGAGCCGGGAGAGUAUCAGAAUUAUAGCCAUGGCAGCCAUAGCUGGUGUGAGCCUCUCAACCCCACAAAUAUUGGCCAAGGCAUCACACUCGACCCUCAAGUUCCCCUGCCUAAACCACCCAUGCAAGAGUUCCACCACCACCCAUUUUGUGCACCGGGGACUCUCUGUCCGGCCCCUGGCUGCAGCACCGGAAAGGCUGUCGGACCAGGUGGCUGAGAGCGUCAAGCAUGCUGAGGAAGCAUGCGCCGGUGACCCAGAAAGCGGAGAGUGUGCUGCCGCGUGGGAUGAAGUCGAGGAGCUGAGCGCAGCUGCAAGUGACGCCAGGGACCGCAAGAAAGAGACGGACGUCUUGGAGAACUAUUGCAAAGACAAUCCUGAGACUGAGGAGUGCCGUACCUAUGACAACUGAUUUCGGUCAUGCUUGUUAGUUCCCAAUCCCAUGGCCCGUUAUCUUUAUCUUUUUUUAUUUUUAGUAGUAAGUAAUCAUUUUCAAACCUCUGUACUGUUUGAUUAUGUUCGUUAAGAGUCGUUAAAAUGGAUGGAUGGAUGGAUGAUCACUUUUCAUCAUGUUUAAACGAGCAUUAUACCAUAUACUGUUGAUCUUA